UCUAAAUGAGUACAUUUUUUUCAAGUGCCAUGCUUUCCUUUAUCAUGUCCCUGCUUCCAACGCCAUACUUCACUGAGUGGUGGACUCUGAACAUAUAUCACCUGUGUUAUAAUUGGCGUGUAUCCCACAGGACUGGUUGGUACGUGUGGGGUCUCUGUACUCUCAUCACAUCUGAGAGUGCAUUGAUAUGUUUAGGAGGGAAGGUAUGGAUAUUUGACAUCGCAAAGCUACUUUUAAUUACUCUGCUUAUUUUACUUCAACCCACAGUUGGAGUGACAAAAAUGCAUCUAGGAUGCUGGCUGGCGUGUAGGUUGUCGUGUUGCUGCCCUGGUGGUGCUCGUACACUGCACAGUUCGCAAUGCUUCUGUGGCAUCUGCAUUAGCCUUCUAACAGUUGGCCACAGUCCUAUACUGCUACACACUCAGUGAAAGACACUCUUCCUCACAUUGGCUGUGACUGUGAUGCCAGCCGUAGUAGUCAUCAAUCAGCGCUUCUUGUCUGCAGUGGAAGCACUUAUGUUUACAAGCAGCAUGAUCUGCCAGCAAAACGGACGCUGAGCCGAUGUGCUCCACAUCCUGGUGUGUUCCAUGGGUGAGGCAAUCUCUCUGAUCCCCACAAUGUAUUUGUGACAUUAUCACAGGUCAGAGAUCCUCACCUCAAUAAUAGGCCAAAAACUGUUCCAAAACCAAAAGGAUAUAGACAAUUUGGGAAAUAUUGAAGAAGCACAAAUGCAACUCUAGUCGUGGGCAUUAUAAACAAUAUUUUUAGGGAUUCAGUUGGCUGAAUCGAAUCCAUCAGCAGAGUUUCUGUCUUUGAAAUCUCAACUAGUUUGCGGUCCUGAGCGUAGAUAACCUCUGUUGGAAGUUGAGCAACAUCCAAACAUACCUCCUUCAUUUUCAUAGCACUGGCAUGAAGAAAAGAUCAUCAUUUUUUGAUUCUCUCAUCCUAUUAAGAAUAUAUGAUUAACAUUCCCAAAGUUGGAUGACGUAGUUUACAAAAAGUACCUUGUUUCUGUAAUGCAUAAAAGGAACUUUCCUCAUUCAAUUGUAUUCUGUAAAAUGACAUUAUUUAUGGGCAGAUUGAAGAUUGUUUGUAAAAGAAUCGAAGUCAGCUAGGACACAGAGACUGGACAUUGGAUGACCUUUACGAUACUCAGCUGUUAAUCUUACGAAAGCCCCAUCAGGUAAAUGUACUGUGUUAUUAUACAUCUUAUCGAAUGUUACUACACGCUGAAAAUGUAACUAAAAUGUUAUUACUGGAAAUUCUGUGCUUGCAAUGUGAUGGAGAAUAAGGUUAACAAUGAAAUAAACCUGAUAAACCCGGUCAAGUUUACAUUUGACAAAAUAUGUAGCCCUCGUGGUGAAAGUGAGUUUAAUAACAAAAAGCUCAACAUUGGAACAGUUUCUUGGCAGCCAUUUUGGGUACAACACGUUCGGCCAACACCUGCACUAAUGACACAGAAUGGGUACUACUACUAUUGCUGCUACUUCGGGACAACAUGACAACAUUGAAGGGGGGGGGUCUGCCUCGACACUGCAACUCGGUAAUAACGCUUUUACUCGAGGAGAAAAGGGGUCAAAAUGGCUGACGAUGCCCUUCGAUUAAAAAUCAUACAAAAUGGCGUUUGAGAUAGCCUAUACUGCGUUGCUGUAUUACUACGUAAUAAUAUUAGACUCAAAUAGCACUACUAUUUCCCCCUUUUUUUGGGGGGGGGGGGCGGCGAGGGUAGGUCUCUUUUUACGAAGAAAUUGUCAUUUAUAUUUACGGUCCAUUGGUGUGGUGCCUUGCAAACCAUUAAAUCCACGUUUCGGCGCCGAUAUUGUGUCUUAACUUUAGGAGUUCACAUAACGUUAUUCCAUAGUAGAGGCUUUUUUACAUCAGACCCGUCAUUCCUUGUGGAAUCGACACUGAUGGCCUGACGUCCCGUUUCGGUGAAAAUCCAAGUCAGAGAAUCACUUUUGUGUUGGAAAUUGUACUCCCACGGGUUUAUAGUAAUUUAAUAGGAUACAGUUCCACCACAGGACGGAUUCGACAGAGCUAUGUAGGAUGUUCCAUGCGUAGCAGAGCACAAUCAUUGAGGAAUGUGGUAAAAUGUCUGACAGCUGCUUGUUUUGUACGGCCUCUCUCUCCAGGCAACAGCGGACUGCUCUUUCCUCCUAUGAUUGGCUGACCGUGCGCACGCGCAGUUGGCAUUUACUUUCUGUCAUAUUGCUCUGUCCUGCCUUGAUACUAAAGCUUAAAAUAGUAACACUGCGGUUGGGCUACACACAGGUGUUUAUAUUUUUUUUGAGCGUCAAGCUAAUAUUUGAUUGUGACGCGAAUAUUAUCCCAUUAUAAGGUUAAGGGUUAGAUAUAUAUAUGAUUUGUCAUUCCUUGAAAUCAUUGGCUGCCGUCCAGGUGCUGUCAAUGGCACUGAAAGAUGAGCAUUUACCAGUCCUCUCAUUUUAAAUUAAUUGGACAUAUAUAGUUCUCACUGCCAAGCAAUGAGUUAAAUGACAUGUAAAACAACAACAAUUUAGGAUGUUAAUGGGGCCAUAACCAGAAUGCAUUUCUUACUUAUACACCAAAUGUUAAUAUAUUUUGUGUGUGUCUGUGUGGCACAUUGGUAUUUUAUGCAGUGCAUAAAGACAUCCUUCAGUGCCCCUUCAGAAAGAUAACAAUAUUUUUUUCACAAAACGUUUUUCAAAAUUUACAGUUCAAACAUACAUCUGCUUUGUAAACACACUUAUUGAGAAUCUCUACAGGUUCUAUACAUAUGCAAUGAAAUUUAAAAAUUAUAAUGUAAAGUAACUUUAAUAUCAAGAAAAAAAGAAAAUAAUAUACAGAAUUCAAUAUGUAAACAUGCAUAUACUUUUUUUUUUUUUUUACCACAGGCUUAAAGGGGGGCAUACUAUAGUUUCAGCAAUUUAAUGCUUCGUUUUUAAAAAAUAUUUUUUAUGUUCUUUUAAAUUGUUAGUUAGUUUCCAAGUGUUACUAUUG